UUGUUUUGUUGAUGCUCAAUAAUAUAGCAAAGACACUUGUGCAAAAAUGUUCAAAUAUGUGUAAAUGCGGUGUUUCUUCUUAUGACCGUAAAAAAAUUCCGUUCCACACUCCGGCUUUGUAAUUUUAUGCGAUUCAGUUGGGAUUCUACUUACAAUCUUCGUGAACUGAGAUUUAUUUGAUCGUUUUUUUUCCCUUGGAAAAUCUUUUGUUUUUCGUUUGUGCCGUUGCUGAUUUUGCUUUAAAUUAAUUUUUUUAUUUGAAAAAAAAAAAAAUGAAAUCAAUUUUCAUCGUGUUCAUUUUGACUAAUUUGAUAUAUCAACAAUGUAUCCAGGGAUACAGUGAAAAGCGAACAUUUCGCGAGCGAAGCAAAAUUCAUUGCAGGUUGAAGAAGCAAUGCAAACAAUACGAAGAGUGGGAUGAUAACUACCGGGAAAUGAUGAAUUUAAGCGAUGUGAGUGGAUCACAACCAGACGGUUACUUAGUACGAUUUCCAUUUUAUGCAUUAGCCGAACGAGAUGCACAUAUUGUUUUUACUGAAACCGAAAAUCCCGAUUGGUUUUCGGACGAAGUUUACGAAUUUGUGUUUGCCGGUUGGGAAAAUAAACGUGCCACAUUGCGUCGAAAACGUCAGGAUCAGGAGCUUAUAUUUCAGUAUACUGAUGAGAUAUUGACCAAAAACUGUCCAUUGAAAAUAUUAAUUGAAAUUACAUCCGCUGGUGACAUCCGUGCAUAUAUUGAACACUCGUUAAAACCAAUUAUCGAGUUUAAAGAUUCGAAUCCAUUGAAAAUUAAAUAUUUUGGAUUUUCAUCGCUUGGACAAUCGUUGGCACGGUAUUUCUACGAUUGCCGCGGUGAUGAAGCUUAUACAAAAUCACAACUAAAUUCACGCUGUCAACAUGUAAACACAACAAACAUUGAACAUACCGAAUUCCAUCGCAUACCAGACAAUUCAAUUACCGACACGACACAAUAUGACGUUGAAAUUCCUUUGUAUGUGGCCGCUCAGCAUGAUGCACAUAUUUUACUUUCAUCCGAUAAUUCAUCUAAUACAAUUCACAAUGGAUAUGAAUUUGUUAUUGGCGAUAAUAUGAAUCGACGUGUUUCGAUUUAUAAAAUUGGAAAUCAAUCCACAACCACAUUGGCUGACACCCGACGUGCCGACAUUUUCUUGCCCAAUGACGAAGCGCUCAACUUAAUCAUACGAAUCACAAGAUCGGGAAAACUUGAAUUGUACUCCAAACAUGAUCAUACACAAUACAAACUUCUGUUGUCAGUCGAUGACCACUCUUAUAAAUCAUCCAUUCAACUAAAUUACAUUAGUUUUGCAUCUUUUAAUAAUGCAUCGAUGAGUUUUUACUAUGAUUGUUCAAUGACACCAUCUUAUAUCGAUACACAAGUGGCUACGAAAUAUUCUUCACCCGGUCAUCCACUUCUCUUGGAGGAUCCAUCAUUUCAUACACCAGUCGACAAACGAAAUUGGUUAACCAGUCGUUGUAAAACCUAUUCAAACUUCAAAUACGAGUACAAAGAUUUCAUUAAGCUAAGCGAUAUUCGUGAUAGUAAACCAAACGGCUAUGUAGUAAGAUUGGCGUUCUACGCACAAGGCACACGUAACGCACAUGUACUAUUGUCACGAACACCUACCCCUGACUUGAUCAACGAGCCUGUCUACGAGUUCAUCAUCGGUGGAUGGGUAAACUCACGAGUUUUAAUUCGACGCAAAAAAAGUGAUCCGAAUCCAUUGCAACAAGUAUUUGUUCCGCCUAUUCUAUCGGCUCAAACACCGACAAAGUUCAUCGUUGAAGUUGCAAACAGUGGCACCGUCCGCAUUUAUGGUGAAAACGACCAACUCGAACCAAUUGCCAGCGUCUUCGAUCCACUUGUUUUGCCGGUUAAUUACGUCAGCUUUUGCGGAUACGACAAUUUAGUACGAUUUUAUUAUGACUGCACUGGACAUCAUUGAAAUUAAUCAUUACAUAUACAUGUUUUGCAAUUUUCGCUUUUAUAAUUGUUCGGUCAUUGAUUUGUAUGACAGUGUACGUCACGAAAAAUAUUUAUUAUUUAUUUUUUCCUUACUUUUCCUAUUUUGCUUGUUUUCUUAUCGUAUAUCGCCAGGGGUAGACGUGUGAAUUUUGAAUUCUCAUAAAUUAUAGAAAUCGUGGACUUUAGUGAAAAUUUCAUAAUAGAAAAUCGAUGUUUUCUCCAUUUUUAACCAUUUUCAAAAUAUAACAGCAGAGUACUUUAGCAGUGAGCGAUUUCGUUGUUUACAGAUCGUUAGUAGGUUAGCAGAGCAAGUCGCAACGCUAUAGGAAUGUUUAUUAUUUCAUGAGUAUUCAACGAUCGUAAAAUGCUAGAGGGUAGACAUGAUUCAUCUGAUUCAAAAGAUUCAGAUUGUUUAGAUGACAUUUGAAAUGUCCUUUGUGUGUCAUACGAGAAAUAUUUA